AUGGCGCGCCCGUCGCGAACGACGACGCGCGCGACGGGCGCGCGCGCGCUGGUGUGCGUCGUCGUCCUCGCGCGCGUCGUCGCCGCGCGCGGUGCGGUCGGUGACGGUGGAAGGAAUGGAACGCGGGCGAGGGAUGAUUUUGGUGUGGGCGCGGACGCGCCGGACGAUACCUGGGCGCUCGUCGUCGACGCAUCGAGGUACUGGUUUAAUUAUCGACACGGCGCGAACGCGCUGAGCGUGUAUCGAACGGUGAAGCGGAUGGGGGUGCCGGAUUCGCGCGUGGUGUUGAUGCUCGCGGAUGACCACGCGUGCGACGCGAGAAACGCGCGACACGGGAGGAUAUACGGCGAUGAUCGAGGGCACGUGGAGCUGUACGGGAACGAUGUGGAGGUGGAUUAUCGAGGGAGCGAGGUGACGCCGGAAGCGUUGGUCAGGGUGUUGACGAAUCGACAUCCGCGAGGGACGCCGCGGUCGAAAAAGUUGUUACCGGGACCGAGGAGUAACGUCCUGAUGUACAUCACGGGACACGGAGGGGACGGGUUCAUCAAGUUUCAGGAUCAGAGUGAGUUGAGGGACGAGGAGAUCGCGGACGCGCUGGCGCAGAUGCACGCCAAGGGGAGGUAUAACGAGAUGUUAUUCUUGGCGGAUACGUGUCAGGCGUCAACCUUGGCCAAGGCGAUUCGCUCGCCGAGAAUCUUAGCCUUGAGCUCGAGCGCGUUGGGGGAGAACUCGUACUCGCACUUCGCCGAUCCCGAGAUCGGGGUGCACGUGAUCGAUCGAUUCACGUAUUACAUGUUGGAGUUUUUUGAAAAGCUCAAACCGGAGAGCUCGGAGACGAUGGGCGAACUCCUCGCGACGCUCACAAAGGAAAAGCUCAUGUCGACCGCGGUGUUGGAUGAGAAGACCUUCACGCACAGAGACGCGCGAUCGGUCAAAUUGAGCGAGUUUUUUGGAGCGGUGUCGCGGACACGCGUCCUCAGGGGCUCUUUCAAUUGGUUCGUCGGGGCGAAAUCGGCGUCGCCAUCCAUCGAGAGAGUCGCGCGCGCAAAGGAGACGACGUUCGAGCGCGUCGAUAUUAAAGAUUUAGGUUUCGUAGUCGUGUAG